AUGUGUGGCUUGGAUCGUUGUGACCAGCAGGUACCCUUGUCUUGUUGUCAGAGCUGGACGGAUCAUCGGCUGAAAUGGGACCCGACCGAGUAUGGAGGGAUCAAUGUGCUCCGUCUCCCGCCAGACAUGUUGUGGCGGCCUGAAAUCGUCCUGGAGAACAACUCCCUGAAGUACAACGCCAAUGAGAUCGACCUGCAGAUCAUGUCCAAAAACGUUAACAAGACCCAGUGCUUGUAUCUUGUGGAAUGGAUCAUCAUUGACCUGGAAGGAUUCACAACGAAUGGCGAAUGGGAUAUUGUUCACCGGCCGGCUCGUAAGAACAUCAACCCGCUUGUCCCGCGAGACAGCAACAAACACCAGGACAUCACCUUCUACCUCAUCAUUAAGCGCAAGCCUCUCUUUUACGUCAUCAACAUAGUCACCCCCUGCAUCCUUAUCGCCUUCAUGACCAUCCUUGUCUUCUACCUGCCGGCUGAUAGUGGGGAGAAGGUGACCUUGGCAAUCUCCAUCCUCUUGGCUCAGUCUGUGUUUCUGCUGCUGAUUUCUCAGCGUCUCCCGGCCACCUCCUUCGCCGUUCCCCUCAUCGGCAAGUACCUGCUGUUCGUCAUGCUUCUCGUGACCGCGGUCGUGGUGGCGUGCACCGUGGAGCUCAACUUGCAUUUUCGGACCCCCAGCACCCAUGUCUUGUCUGAAUGGACAAAAGAGUUCUUUCUUGACACCCUUCCUCGCCUCCUGCACAUGUCCAAGCCGGCCGAGAGUGACCCCACGCCGCAGGGCAGCUUCGUGAUCCGGCGUUCUAGCUCCGUCGGUUACAUCGUCAAGGCAGAGGAAUAUUUCACCAUUAAGUCCCGCAGUGAGCUCAUGUUUGAGAAGCAGUCGGAGAGACACGGCCUAACUAGCCGGAUUACCCCUGCACGACCAAACCCCCACGGCACAGGUGAUUUGCAGGAUCAGCUUUACAAAGAGAUCAAGCCAGCCAUUGCUGGAGCCAACUUCAUCGUGAAACACAUGCAGGAGAAGAACAGCUAUAAUGAGGAAAAGGACAACUGGAAUUGUGUUGCUCGGACCGUGGACCGCCUCUGCCUCUUCUUGGUGACUCCCAUCCUGAGCCUUGGAACCUUGUGGAUCUUCUUGGUGGGAAUAUACAACCACCCUCCCCCCCUGCCCUUUGAGGGCGAUCCUUAUGACUACAAUGAGAAUAACAAGCAUUUUAUUUAA